UCUUUAACGUAAACGAAACGUUUUAAAAGGCAGAAGCUAGCGUGGUCUUUUAACACAAGAUUCUUCACCUUAUCCAACACGAAGGCACCACCAUGACUGCCUUGGUUCACCACCCAACACUCUCCUUCCUCUCCCCCUUCUCACAGUCUCAACAACAUGGGCAUUGUAGUUCAAGAAAGUUAUUGGUACCGAGAAAAGAUCAGCUGUAUACAACUGUAGGCAAACCAAGACCGAUAAUGGCUCUUGCAAGCAAUAAAGAAAGUGGCAUUCUAGUUGGAGAAAGGCUUUAUCUAGGUAUGGAUUUUGGAACUUCUGGAGCUAGAUAUGCUCUUAUCGACAAGCAAGGGAUAAUUCACUCCGAAGGAAAGAGAGAAUAUCCAGUUUUUAUGAGUGAAGAAAAAAUGGACUGGGUGCGGUCAUGGAGGGCAGCACUUUUCUCACUGCUAGAGGAUGUUCCAGCUCAUCUCCGCCCACUUGUUGCUUCUAUUUCAAUAGAUGGAACUUCUGCGACCACACUCAUUGUAGACAGAAAUACAGGAGAACCAUUAUGGAGACCAUUCCUUUACAAUGAGAGUUGCCCUGAUGCUUUGCCAACGGUAAAAUCUGUUGCUCCUGCAAACCAUACUGUUUGCUCUGGAUCAUCUACAUUGUGCAAGCUUGUUUCAUGGUGGAACAUAGAGGAGUCAAAUAAAAAAUCAGCAUUGUUAUUGCACCAAGCAGAUUGGCUGUUGUGGCUGCUUCAUGGAAAACUCGGAGUGUCUGAUUACAAUAAUGCCCUGAAGGUUGGUUAUGAUCCUGCAUCGGAUUCUUAUCCACCAUGGCUGCAUUCUCAGCCAUACUCUCAACUUCUACCUUCUGUUAUAGCUCCGGGAACUUCAAUUGGGAAUUUAAAAGAGGAUAUUAGAACACAAUUUGGUUUUCAAGAGGAUUGUAUUGUAUGUGCAGGAACAACAGAUAGUAUAGCCGCUUUCCUUGCAGCACGUGCAACACAACCUGGAAAAGCUGUCACUUCUUUGGGCUCAACUCUUGCUAUUAAGUUACUGAGCACUACGAGGAUUGAUGAUGCACGAUUUGGAGUUUAUAGUCAUCGCCUUGAUGAUAAAUGGCUGGUUGGAGGCGCUUCAAACACUGGUGGAGCUGUUCUUAAGCAGUUUUUCACUGAUGAGCAACUGCAGAAAUUGAGUGAACAGAUAAAUCCAAUGGAAGCUUCUCCUCUAGACUACUACCCUUUAAAAGCAGUUGGUGAGAGAUUUCCUGUGGCAGAUCCAAAUCUGGUUCCCAGGUUACAUCCACGACCGGAAAGUGAUGUUGAGUACUUGCAUGGUAUUUUGGAAUCUAUUGCACAUAUAGAGGCGACGGCAUAUAACUUGUUAAAGGAUCUAGGAGCAACCCAAGUUGAGGAAGUUUUUACAGCUGGAGGUGGUGCAAAAAACGAAAAAUGGACCAAGAUACGAGAGCGAGUACUUGGCUUGCCCGUGAGUCGGGCAAAGCAAACAGAGGCUGCCUAUGGAGCUGCAUUAUUGGCAUUGAAGGGUGCUCAACACGAUAGUUGCUGAGAGACGUAGAAACCAGCAAGAAAACGUUCAACUGGCAAGUGGAUGGUUGCUUAGUGGCUUGGAAGAUGACAGAGAAGAUCCAAAGCCACUUUUUGUAAGAAAAAAUCUAAGAAAGUUGUUCAGCAACAUGAAUCCGGACCGGUAUAAAUACGUGUCAUCUAAUGAGUUUCCAUUUUAUUACCUGUAAAAAAGAUCAAGGGCAUAUCUGCCCCUUAAAUUUUUUCUAAACUAAAACCACAUGGUGGAUCGAGAAAUCGUCGCAAAA